AUGAACGCAGAGAUGCUCGCCGCGCUGGGCGGCAUCGACACUGUCCCGUUCGGACAGCAAGGAGCAGGAGGAGGAGGAGGGGGACAGCCAGCGUUUGCAGCGCACCAGCCGAGGAACAGCACGCUGCUCGACCUCGUCUUCAUCCUCGACUGCACUGGCUCGAUGGGAUCGUACAUUGCGAGCGCGACCAAGAACAUCGAGGUCAUCUGCGAGAACAUCGUCCAGUCCGGUCACCUCCCUUCGGCUGACUGCCUCAGGAUCGGAUUGAUCGGGUACCGCGACUACCCUCCGCAGGACAACUCCUACGUCACCAAGUCCUUCCCCUUCACCUCCUCCGUCCCGACAAUGAAAGAGCAGCUCAAGUCGCUCUACGCCUCAGGUGGCGGCGACGGACCCGAAGCCGUCACAGCCGGCAUCCGCGCCGCGCUCGACCUCGACUGGCGCCCCGACGCAGCGAAGAUGUGCGUCUUGAUUGCCGAUGCGCCGUGUCAUGGGAUUGGAGAGUAUGGGGAUGGGUUCCCUCAAGGCGGACCGGAUGGGGAGGAUCCGCUGGUACUGUGCAGGCAGAUGGCCGCGGCAGGCAUCCCCUUGUUCGUCGUCGCCUGCGAACCCGCACUCUCCGGCUACCAAUACGGCCUCGACCUCUUCAACGCCUUCACAGUCGUCACCUCCGCCCUCCUCGUCCCCCUCACGACCGCCGACCUCCUCUCUCACGUCAUCGUCGGAUCCGCCCUCGAACACCUCGAGAUGGAGCGUCUCAUCCAGGAGGUCGGGAAUGCCGUCGCGGAGAGGAUUCAUGCGGGCAUGCAGACGGUUGAUGAUGUCGCAAGGGAGCUGCAUGAGAGGUUGUUGCUGAGGGGCGAGGAGACGAAGCAGCUCAAGUUCGAGAGCAUCCACCGGGAAACGGAGGAGUCGCGGCAUAACGUCCGGGUCUUUGUCGAGGCGCCCAGUCUCGAGGCCGCCAAGCCUCAACUGCAGAAGAUACGCGGCUCCCGCUUCACAGAGAAGUACCUCCAAUCCCGUUACAACUCCUCCUUCGCGCGCUCCAUCCCCGGCGCCUCUUCCGUCCUUUACCCGACUCUCCCUCCACGACCAGGCUCACACCCGACCUCGACCUCCUCCUCGCUCUCGACCUCGCCCUCAUCCCCUCCUCGACGCGUCAUCUCCGAGUUCAAGCCUUUCGCGGCGAGUUCCGGACUUAGCGUCGCGGAUGCACCGCUUGGGAUUGGGCAUGAGAAUCAGCCGUCGAUGUCGGAGGACGAGGUGGACAAGUUGGCGCAGAGCGUCGAGCUCAAGUUUGCUGGGAUCAGCUUGGAACAGGCGAAGCGCAUCACCGUCGCCUCGGCAUGGCGCACCGCUCCGCCUCGAGCGUAG